UGGGCAUUUUCUUUCCCUUUGUUCAUUAUUGGCUCCCUCGUUUCUCUCUCAUUAUGGUGGAAUACAUUCUUCACUAGGUUCUGGAAACAGAGUCGAGUACUUGGAAGGUGAGAAAAUGGCAUUUGUGAAGAGUGGAUGGUUGCUGCGGCAAAGUACUAUUUUGAAGCGCUGGAAGAAGAAUUGGUUUGACCUGUGGUCAGAUGGUCACCUGAUCUAUUAUGAUGACCAGACUCGGCAGAGUGUAGAAGAUAAGGUCCACAUGCCAGUGGACUGCAUCAACAUCCGCAUGGGACAUGAAUGUCGGGAUAUUCAGCCACCAGAUGGAAAGCCAAAAGACUGUAUGCUGCAGAUUGUUUGCCGGGAUGGAAAAACCAUCAGUCUUUGUGCAGAAAGCACAGAUGAUUGUUUGUCAGUGCUUCUCAGAGAGUUGUUAUAUUUCCUCUUCAAAGAUUCAACUUUUUGGCCUUUAAUUUUUCUUUUUUCCCCCCACAAUUUCUCUCCUCUCAAGGCUUAUGUUGGCUCAGAAGUCAUGUAUGAUGAGACAGCUGUGGCUUCCUCCCCACCUUCUUACACAGCGUAUGCUGCGCCAACCCCUGAGCAGGCAUAUGGCUAUGGUCCAUACAGCGGUGCAUACCCCCCAGGAACUCAAGUUGUCUAUGCUGCAAAUGGACAGGCGUAUGCUGUACCCUAUCAGUACCCAUAUGCAGGACUCUAUGGACAGCAGCCUGCCAACCAAGUCAUCAUCCGUGAGCGGUAUCGAGACAACGACAGUGACCUGGCGCUGGGCAUGCUGGCCGGGGCAGCCACAGGCAUGGCCCUGGGGUCUCUGUUCUGGGUCUUCUAGAGUCCUCGGAACCUCGACGUGCAUAGCUUCUGAUACCCCGUGUGCAAUAAUAUGAUUUGCAGGGCAUUUCUGUUUGUCACAAAUAUUUUUAGUAAUAGGUUUAAUAGUUCUUUUGAAAGUAGUGACAAAAUGCUUAUAAGUACAUAGAAGUACUGCAGAGAAAGCUUUAGGCUGCUGUUCAGCUAACAUGUGGACUAUUUGGGGGCACCGGCUCAUUUGAGGAGUUUCCUUAUAAAACUCUCGCAAUACUUUAUUUAAACACGCCUGUUUUGAAAGGCCAUUUUGUUUUUAGAGUUAGGUCUUAGUUCUUAAGGGAUAAUUUAUUUUAGUGUUUCGCUGGUAACAUGGUGAUGUAUGAGUGAAUGAAUGACCAUGGCGAGAAAAACUGCAGCUUCUUUGGUUUAAUGUCAGACUUUCAAACGUCAGACCAGAACUGGCUGCAUGUUACUUCAGGAGUUACAGGCUGGAACCUUCUUCAGGCAGCGGGGUGAUAUCCCACAGCCUCUGGGACUGGCUAGCAAAGCUGACUGCUCAGGAUGAUGGACGGCAUGGCAGUUUCCCCCCUUGAAAAUGAUGCUUUUUCAUUUUAUUCUUGUUUGUUUUUGGUAGUGAUACUUGGAAAGCAUCCCAAAUUAGGAGUAGACUUGAGUGUCAACAUUUUAGGGCUUUAUCAUUUAACACUUGAGGAAGGCACAACAACUGCAAAAAAGUGUGUGGAGGUAGAUUUAUUUUUUUCAGGGGCAUCAUGGUUUUAGUGUUAGCUUUGAGCAUGUUUUAUUGCCACUUCAGCCUACUUAUAGCUUAUUUUUCUACUUGUUGAGAAAAUAAUAUGAAGAGGAUGGUGAGGAAAGUGAAGAGAGAGCCAUAGUGCAGCGGUCCUGCCCCAGGGGACUGGGCUGCACUGAGGGUGUGUGUGAUGUCCUUCUGAAGGCUGGUGAUGGGCCCACCUCGUGUCCCGUGUGGGACUGGGCACUGCUGCUGCCCCGAGCUCUGUGCUGCGUGGUGGGGGAGCUCAGGCUACGGACGGGAGCUUCGGGCCAGAGACGUGAAUGGCCUGCUCAAGAUAAUCUCCACCUGACCAGGAUUCCGGCCUUGCUUUUAUUUCUGGCUUUAGUGUCACAGAGAAGCUUGAGCCAUUUAAUUUUGAGCCCCAACUUAAAUGUGAAGCUCUGAAAAACCAAGGGCCCUGCAUUUCUGUAAUUUUCUUAUUUCUUUAUCUAUAUAAAAUUUAAAACUUCAGUUAUUCCAGUUUUCUGUCCCAUAUGUUUUAAAAAAUGUACGUUUACAAAGGCACAUCGAAGGUCUCUGCCGCUAUACUCCAUGUGGCCAUGUUUCCAUAAAAUACACUCCUGAUAGCCCAAAUUCUGUUUUUAUUUUGUGUGGCCAGUUACAGACACAGUGUUUUGUUUCAUUUAUCAGUCCACUCCACCUCUAAGGCAGACUUGAAUAGAUCUAUCUCCAUCUGAAAACUAGAUGCCAAAUGAACUUUGUGGUGACCAUAGGUCUGUUUCCCUAGCCAAUUCUCCUGUACCUGUUGACACUGGAGAGCUGUUUCCAGCUGAAAAGAAGUGUACUUGGCUGUCAUUGCUUUGGGUGUGUCAUGUGGUGGAAAGUUGCCAGAUGCGAUGUGUGACAAUACUGGUUUUGAUGGCUAAAAAUGUUACUUAGUUUACAUCAUAUGUAAGAAGAAUAGCUUUGGUCAGAUAGUAAUUAUUCAAGCUGUAUCCUUUACAAGCAAAAUACUAAACUCAGUUAAUUUUGAACUAGGAAUUACUGGAAUGACAGAUACUGAGUUAUGUCCCUGAAAUGCGCUUGAAGCAGAUGGUCUCCCUGAGUUCUGCCCCCUGACAGAGUAGGGGAGCUGUGGACUGAAGUCCUGACAUACGUGUGUUCCCCCAUCUCCAGUCCCUGUCCCUAGCCGGGCAAGCCACGUUGGGCGACUGUAGUUGAGUCUGGAAGUUCACUGCCCUAGUGACUUGAUCCUGAGAGGAAAUGCGUGCUCAGCAUAAAGAUGGGCUGAGAUGCUUCAUUCCCCUGGCUCCAGUUCUCGUAGAUGCCAAUCUUUUGGUCACCUCGAUUAGGUAGUCCUAAAUCAAGAAGUUCGGUGUGUUGGAAGGAACUUGUUCACUU